AUGCUGUUAUCUAUCUCGCAACUUAUUUUGAUGCCUUCUACAUUGAAAUGGCCGGGGAAAAACGAAUAUUCAGUUGUAGUAACCAGUAAUCCUGCGCUGCAGCAGGGGCCAAGAGAACUGUGCCAAGUGCUUUUUGAAUUUCUAUAUUUUCGACAAUGGGAAGCUACUGUACUUUCAAUUUGUAUUGUACCGGUAAAUCGAGCAAUUUCCGUUUGUUGGAAGCAUAUGGCACCGACAAACGCAAAAAUAUGGAUAUUUAUCGCACUACUACCAAAUUUACUGCCUUUGCUUGUUACCGUCUUCUGUCACCAUCUUGGAAUGACACAUUUUGAGGAUGUAGCCACUUUUCCAGCUAGAGCUAUUGACUUGCUGGUCAACCAAGUCAAUGCUGAAAAAUAUUGCACACUGAAGAGCAAUUAUCGCAAAGCUGGAGACAUUGUCACAACGGGUUUUCUCAUCUUCUGCCCGAUUAUCAGCUACGUAAUUACCAUAGUACGUAAAUACUACGUAAAACUUGCUAUUGUGCUAAAUAUAGACUUCUAUUCAUAG